AUGGCAGCAAAACAACACAGUCUCGAUACAAAGUCCUCGCACUCGUCAUUCCAGGAUACAGUCAUGGGCUCGAAACCGGAACUGCUGCGGCAGGAACCAGACGGCAUGUUUGAUGAGGAGAAGGGAGCAGUUGCUACGGCCGAAAGACCCACAAUCGGAGAUGAUGGACAACGAGAUGCUGUUGCUACACCGCCGCCGGCAUUUGAUCCUAGAGAUAAUCCUGAUGGCGGAAAGGAUGCAUGGUUGGUUGUGUUGGGUGCAUUCUGCUGCAUGUUUUGCAGUUUUGGAUGGAUCAAUUGUAAGUCCUCUUCCAUGUUUACCCUCCUCCCACGAGAGCAUAGAGCGAAGGACGCACCAUCAGAAGGCACCAUUCUUUUCUUGGAGCAAAGAAGUAACUAA